CGAUCCACACUCACUCCGAAGAACAAAUCCCCGUCACUUUCUAUUCUGCUUCUCUCUUCACCAUGGCAGAAUCAUCAACCACCGACACCGCUGCCGCGCCUCCGCCGCCGGCGACCAAGAGCUGGGCCGACGAAGCCGACGAGGAAACCAACGCCUCCACAACAGAGCCCGAAACCUCUUCCGUCAACGUCGACGAAUUAACCAUCGAAGAUAACAAGAAACCGCCGAAAUUGUUGGAUGACCCCGACGACUCCAACAUCCAAGCGGUGACCUCAGGCGACACUCCGUACACGUCGGCGGCGGCGUUCGAAGAUCUAAACCUCUCCCCGGAGCUGCUGAAGGGACUCUACGUUGAGAUGAAGUUCCAGAAACCGAGUAAAAUCCAAGCGAUUAGUUUACCAAUGAUUUUGAGUCCUCCGCAUAGGGAUUUGAUUGCGCAAGCGCACAACGGUUCUGGCAAGACGACUUGUUUUGUGCUUGGGAUGCUUAGUCGCGUGGAUCCGAAAAUGCAGGCUCCUCAGGCUCUCUGCAUUUGCCCCACCAGAGAGUUGGCUAUUCAGAACACUGAGGUUCUGCGCAAGAUGGGGAAGUACACGGGGAUUAGCUCCGAAUGUGCCGUGCCAAUGGAUAGCCGCGAUGCCCUUCCGAUAGCAAAACGCGCGCCAAUUAUGGCUCAGGUGGUGAUUGGGACCCCUGGCACCAUUAAGAAGUGGAUGAGCUUUAAGAAACUUGGGGCCACGAGGUUGAAGAUUCUUGUGUUUGAUGAAGCUGAUCAAAUGCUUGCUGAGGAUGGAUUUAAAGAUGAUUCCCUGAGGAUAAUGAAAGAAAUAGAAAAAGUCAAUUCUAACUGUCAGGUUCUUCUGUUUUCUGCUACAUUUAACGAAACUGUCAAGAAUUUUGUUUCAAGAACAGUUAAGAAGGAUCAUAAUAAACUCUUUGUAAAGAAAGAAGAACUGUCUCUAGAUGCCGUGAAGCAAUAUAAAGUGCGGUGUCCUGAUGAACUCUCUAAGGUUGAAGUGAUAAAAGAUUACAUAUUUGAAAUAGGAGAGAAUGUAGGGCAAACCAUUAUAUUUGUGCGCACAAGAAACAGUGCAAAAAUGUUACAUAAAUCCCUUGUGGAUUUGGGCUAUGAAGUUACUUCUAUACAAGGUGCUCUUGAGCAUGAGGAGAGAGACAAGAUUGUCAAAGAGUUCAGAGAUGGUUUGACCCAGGUUCUUAUAUCAACUGAUGUUCUCGCUCGUGGCUUUGAUCAGCAACAGGUUAAUUUGGUUAUCAACUAUGAUCUUCCAGUGAAACACACUGCUGAGUAUACCCGUGAACCUGACCCUGAUUAUGAAGUAUAUUUGCACAGGGUUGGUAGGGCUGGGCGUUUUGGGCGCAAGGGGGCUGUAUUUAACCUAAUAUGUGAUGAAAGGGAUGAAAGGCUCAUGUCGAAGAUUGAGAACCAUUUUGGCACUCGUGUAACUGAGGUGCGAGAAAAAAGUGUUGAAGACUAUAAAGCUGCUCUCAAAGAAGCUGGUUUACUUCAAUGAUUCGAAUCUGCAGAAGUUGAAGGAUGUUGAUAACUUCUGUUUUUUUCCUGAAUGUGCCUGUAUACUGGCUAAGGAUUGGCCAUAUCUAUGAAUGCUUUAAUUGUUUACACGGACGCAUGCGGAUCAUGGUUUAAGUUUUGGGGGUGGAGAGUUGUUGUUCAGUCUUGUUUACAAUGCUACAGUGGUUGAUUUUCCUCCUUACAAUUAGCUGUGUAAUUUAGGCUAUUUUCUGUUCAGCAUUUUUUUAGACUAAAAAGUUUAGUAUAAGCUUGAUGCAUGAUAGAGGUGUGUGUAAACUUAUAUAGAUAUUAAGGCAUUACAAAAUAAAAGAUAUAAUGAUGUACAAUUAUUAUAAAAAUAAUUGAAUUUUUGUUUUGCAAGUUUUUUUUUUUUUUUUUUUUUGGGGGGGGGGGUGUUGUCAGAACACUUAUUAUGUUUAAGAUUAUAAUUUUUGUGGAGUAUUCAGACUUCCAUCUUUUUAACGAAUUGAAAACUGACGGCAUAGGUCUUUCAAUG